CAUGAUAACUAUUGCUGGGAUUUUUCAGACAACAAGCAACGGUCUCUUAAACCAGCCGGCAUUUACCAAGGAAUAUAAUAAUGGCAGAUAAAAAGGUGGGAGGCAACAAUGACGGCAAGGAGAAACGGCGUAAGGAGUCGAUUCUAGAUCUCUCCAAAUAUCUGGAAAAACAGAUCCGCGUGAAAUUCGCGGGCGGCCGGGAGGCAUCCGGAAUUCUUAAGGGAUACGAUGCUCUUCUAAACUUGGUUCUGGACAACACGGUAGAAUACCUGCGGGAUUCAGAUGAGCCUUAUAAACUGACCGAGGACUCCACAAGAAGUCUGGGGUUGGUCGUCUGUCGCGGUACAGCUUUGGUACUCAUUUGUCCACAGGAUGGAGUCGAGAGCAUCGCCAAUCCAUUUAUAACGCAAUAAUCGUAGAGCCAGUCGUUGGUAUCCUGGAUUUAAACUAAGUACAAAACUUUUAUGGAAUUCGGUUUAAAUAUAUUUAGCGGAGACAUA